AUGGUGCAACCGGAGUUGGCCAAGUCGAAGUCGUCGUUGGAGCGGAUCUUCACCACUGCACCUCGCGGGCGCUAUGCAGUGGAUGAGAAGCAGAUGCAGAUGAAGGAUGAACAUGUGAUCAUGCGUUGGAACCUUCUUUUUCUGAUCUUUGACUUCCUGAUCAUUCCACUGCCCCUUUGGAUCGAUAUCUUCAGCCCCAUCUUCGCAGCGGCCUAUAGCUUGUUCAUCAGCUGGUUGGGUGCUUUGCUCCUCAGCCUUUGUGCCUGGAAAUCCCUCCAGGCGAACCGACUCAUGCUGCAGGUGGUGGAUCAGACCUGGGAGAAUCAGAUCCCUCGAGAGACCUUUGAGGAGGAGUAUCGAGCUGAGCACCUGCAACAUUUGGUGAUGAUGUGUGGCUACAAGGAACCCAUGGAGGUGAUCCAGCAGUCCAUCGACUCCUUGGUGUCUCAGACGGUGGCCCAUCGACUCAUCGUGGUCAUCGGCCUGGAGGAGGGCACCCCCGAGGUCGCUGAGAAGGCCAGCAACUUGAAGAAGCAGUAUGCUGGUGCUUUCAAGCGCUUCCACGUGACGAAGCAUCCGCCGCGCUGGGCCGGCGAUCGGGAGAUCCGCGGGAAGUGCUCCAACGCCAACUACACCAUGCGCGCCGCAGUAACACGCCUUGAGGAGUACGGCGAGCUCAAUCUUGCUUGCACCACUGCAACCUCCUGCGACACCGAUUCCAUCUUCCCGCCCCGGUACUUUGAGAAUCUGGGCUACCAGUUCCUCACUGAUCCAAAGGCCAUGGAGGUCGUGUGGCAGGCGCCUUUGUACUACAACCACUACUUGACGCAACGGCCCUGGUUUGUACGUGCGAUUGGUAUCAUGCGAGCGGCCUACAUGUUGGGUUUAUUGAUCCCUUUCAACAUCAAUACGAUGUCCAUCUUCAGCUUUUCUUUGGACCUUUGUAUCAAAGGCGAUUUUUUUCAUGCGCACUACCAGAUGGAUGACAUCAUUUAUACUUUGACGUGCAUGCAGGCCUUGCAGAAGCGGAUUGAGAUCCGAAUGAUCCCGAUGCCAGUCAUCUCGGGACCCACCAGUGGCAGCACCUACUGUGAAGAGAUCCAAGAGUUCGUCCGGCAAUCCGAGCGUUGGACCAUCGGCGCCUGUGAGGUCUUCCACUACUUCGUGGUGAAACGCCGGCGCUACAACUGCUCAGCGGCCUUGUCCUAUGGCAUUUGGUUUGUGACCUACUAUGGCUUCAUUUUGUGCUCCCUGACCCUAUCUGGGUUGGCGGCCUUCCUCAACUACGCCAUCGUGGAUGCCAAGCAGGGUCUUUUCCAACAGUCACCCUUGGAUGAGAAGUCCCGGAGGCUGGUGGUGGCUGUGGGUUUGGCCAGCCUCGCAUGGACCUAUUUGAUUUUUCUGAUCUUUUUCUAUUUGGAUCGAGCGGCUUGCAAGCUCAUUUACCACUUGAAGAUGAAGCCACAAGGCAGUGAGGACGCCAGCCUGGGCCAGAAUCUCAAGGACUGGGUCUUGAUGUGGCCGAGUUUGGUGAUGUAUUCUUGCGUGAGCGCUUGGGCGAUUCUGAAGGUGGCCAUCUAUGGUAAGAAGGUUUGUGGCCAUGAUCCUUCCAGCAAGGAAGCCUUGAGACCGAGAGUGGUCGAGGAUUCUGAGGAUGAGUCGACCUCGGUGGGACAGGAAGACGACCUGUCUGAAAAUGGCCAGCCUUGA